AUGGAGGUCUUCUCCCAUGAGCAAUCUGGAUGCCAGUACCGAGGAGCUACUCGUGAAUGGCGUUUCCACAGAUCAGAUGAUUUAUUUUCAGUCUGUGGUCAACCAGUGUUGUCUUCUCGAAUUGUGGGUGGUCAGGCUUCAAAGAUCGGAGCCUGGCCAUGGCAGGUCAGUGUCCGUUGGAAGAAGCAGCAUUUCUGUGGUGGAUCCCUGGUGUCAGACCAGUGGGUAGUGUCGGCAGCUCACUGCUUUAAACAGAACCCUCUUCCAGAUAUGACAGUGACCUUGGGGCAGCACCAGCUGGGAAAUUUAACUUCCAGUGCUGAGAUGAUCCCUGUCACCCAAGUCAUUCGCAACAUAGAAUUUGGAAGGACCGGAACAAGAGGGGACAUUGCCUUGUUGAGGCUUCAAAGGCCACUAAAAUAUACCCCGUACAUCCUCCCUGUGUGCCUUCCUUAUUUGUCUACAGAAUUCCCUGAUGGCAUGGCUUGCUGGGUAACUGGAUGGGGAAACAUCCAAUAUGAGGAGCCUCUUCCUUCCCCUAAGAUACUGCAGGAGGUAAAAGUCUCCCUCAUUAGUGCAGAACGAUGCAAUGAUAUGUUCAGUGUGCCCCAAUCCGGUUUGAAUGGUUCCAGGCCUAUCUUGGAUAGUAUGGUUUGUGCUGGAGAUGAAGAAGGAGGGAAGGAUGCUUGCCAGGGUGAUUCUGGAGGGCCCUUGGUGUGUGCUCAAAGUGACGUUUGGUUUCUGGUGGGCAUCGUGAGCUGGGGAACAGACUGUGGCUUGCCGUAUCGCCCUGGUGUCUACACCAAAGUUUCUGCCUUUGCAGGUUGGCUGCAGCGUUAUAUCCCUGGCCUGCAGUUUGGAGUUGUGCCCAUCUCUGUCCAAGGGGAAGGGAACUCAUACGAAGUAUUCACUUGCUCUCCACUUUCCAUCUGCAUUCUUUCCUUGCUCCUGCCUAUCUUGCAGCUGGAAAUAAGGAACUGA